AUGUCUAAAUACAGUUAUUCUACAGACCCGCUGAAUUCUGACAGUAUUCGCUUGCUCGGUUUAAUGCCAGCUAAAGACCUGGCCUCUCCAAUACAUUGCCGACUUCAUGAUUAUUCUCUUCGAGAAUCGGACAGGGGGAUUCAUCUAUAUGAAGCAUUAUCCUACGUAUGGGGUAGCCCGGAGAGCUCUAAAGUUGUCUAUAUAAACAAUAGCUCUCUAUCUGUUACUGCAAAUCUCUAUACAGCACUACUACAUCUUCGAGAUUGCACCUUCGAAAGGAUCAUAUGGGUGGACUCUAUUUGUAUCAAUCAAGAAAAUGACAUAGAGAAGAGUCAUCAGAUUCAAUUAAUGGCAAAGAUCUAUGGUCAAGCGAAUCGCGUAAUUGUUUAUCUUGGUGAUGAAGCAGAUGAUAGCAAUCAAGCGCUCGAAAGUAUACGUUUUGCUGCAGAAGGUGAAUCCCCAGGAGGUGAAUCCCCAGGAGGUGAAUCCCCAGGAGGUGAAUCCCCAGGAGGUGAAUUUCCAGAAGGUGAAUCUCUGGAUCGUCGAAUCAAUGAAAUGAAUCAGAGGGGAGUUUUGGAACUGCUCAAACGACCAUGGUUUGAACGUAUCUGGGUUCUUCAAGAGGUUGGCUUCGCUCGACAGAUCCUGAUGAUGUGUGGCUCUGCUAUAGUAGACGGGUAUAUCUUCAGCACUGGCUUCAGCCAGCUUUUCUACAAUCGUCAAUCAGACUUGCUAGAUCUGAUCCGUCCAGUGAUGUACCUAAUAAGAGGAGCAAUCUUCCGACCAAAACAUGCAAUUCGGCCAUCGGGCGCACUUUCUCUAGGCACAUUGGUAGAUAUGUACCAUACCCGUAAGGCCACCAAACGCCACGACAAGGUAUAUGCCUUGCUCAGCAUGAGUUCCGAGAGUUCUAAUCUAGCUGGAUUGUCGCCUGACUAUAAGGUUACAUGGGCAACGCUUUUGGAGCGACUUGUUAAAUUUAUAAUCUCCCAAGAUAUAUCUCUAAAGACUUGGGAGGACAAGGAGAUAGCCUUAAUUGAGAGCAAGGGCUACGUACUUGGCCGUGUACACUCAAUAGAAAUCGAUAGUACCAGGCACGAGAGGCAGUGUGUAAAUAUCGAAUUCAAAAAUCAGCCAAGUAUCAACAAGGGUUACACUCGUUGGAUUCUUCAGGCUUCAGCGAAAUCUAUCCAACAAGGCGAUCUCGUUUGCCAUUUACAAGGGACUUCAAAGCCAGCUAUCAUUAGACCAUACAAGGAUCAUUUUGCUAUCAUUUUGAUUGCGGUUACUUUGCAAGAUAAAAGACAGAUAAAAGAUGGAUGUUUUGACACUCUAUAUGACUUGCCUCCGAUCAAGAAAUUCUUGCGUGAUUUUCUACUUAUCUGGAACUGGGAGCAAGGCCCAGACAACUUGGAAAGUCAAGCAGAAUAUGAAGGUACGAUUGAGAGGUAUAAAUCUGUACCAGGAAAUCUAAAGACGGAUAAAAACAGAGCAGUCAAUUUAAUUAAUGUAUCACUUGUCUUGACAGAUGCAGGAGACUACGAAAAUGCAGAGAAUAUACUUCAAGAAAAGAUAAAGAGCUACGAGGGAAAGCUUGGAAGAGAGAAUACGCAUAUAUUAGCAUUGAAAGAGACCCUUGCAUGGAUGUAUCAUCAGAAUGGUGACAGGAUGAAAUCAGAGAAUUUCUUCUUGCAGGUAAUACAGACAAGAAACGAUCUUCAGGGAAAAUAUCAUCAAGAUACAUUGAGAAAUGUGGCAAAGCUAGGAUUGGUCUAUAUGAAAGAAGGAUUCAGCUGGAGUCUCCCAAGCCAAUCUAUGAUAACAAGACUAUCGAACCAAAUUGAAAAUAAUCGAAUUGGCGAGGAAGAUAUGAUACAAAUUGGAGAGUCUUUUAAUCGGAAAAUGAUGAAACUUAUGUUGGAUCAGAAUAAGGAGAAUUUCCAAGUUACAGAAGAUGUGGUGAAGGCUGCGGCUAGAAAUACAUAUUUUGGUUAUGAGGUUAUGAAACUUUUGUUCGAGAAACGAGGUGAAGAAAUAACAAUCACUAAAGAGAUGAUAAAGAUUGCAGCAGAGAAUCUGAGGUGUGGAUAUAAGCUUAUGGUACUUUUGUUUGAGAAACGAGGUAAAGAAAUAACAAUCACUGAAGAGGUGGUAAAAGCUGCAGUGGGAAAUCGGAGUACAGGGUAUGAGAUUAUGAUGCUUUUAUUUGAGAAAAGAGACGAAGAAAUAACAAUCACUAAAGAGAUGAUAAAGAUUGCAGUGUGGAAUUGGGAUCAAGGAUUUAAGCUUAUGAAGCUUUUGCUUGACAAACGAGGUAAAGAAAUAACAAUCACUAAAGAGCUGAUAAAGGCUGCAAUAGGCAAUAGGGAUAAUGGAUAUAAUAGAACAAUACUUUCAUUCGAAAGACGAGGAACAAACUUGUUUUCUGUUCUUGAAAUUCAGGAUGAAACAGAAAGACGUCUUUGUGGGCAAAAUAUUGUUAAGCUUCUACUGAAGGAACGAGGGGAAGAAUUAACAAUUCCUGAAGAGGUAGUGGUGAUAAUUGCUAGCAAUUUCACCGAAAAAGUUAUGGCACUUCUGCUUGAGAAACAAAGGGAAAAAAUAGGCAUUACUCAAGAGAUAUUGAAGGCUGCAGCAGUAAAUGCUUUUGGUGGGGAGAUUAUUAAACUUCUAUUGGAGGAGCGAGGAAAAGAAGUAAUCGUUACUGAAGAAAUAAUGAAGACUGCAGCAGCAAAUCCUUUUAGUGGGAAAGAGAUUAUUAAACUUCUGUUGGAAAAACGAGGGGAAGAAGUGAUAGUUACCGAUGAUAUAAUGAAGGCAGCAGCAAGUAAUCAGGGGACUGACCGUAAAGCAAUAAUGUUAUUAUUGAAGCAUCAAGCAACUGAUGUGAUCAUUUGA